AUGGCCAUUCUGGCAUUCGUUCUGCUCCUCAUUUCGCCUACGCUUUCUGCUCCCGUCGGCAUCAGCAACAUAUUCCACCGUCCGGAAAAGUGCUCCGUCGAGAACGCAAUUAGUAUGGCGGCCAUCAAGUCACUCCAGAACAACGCCCUCUUCCUGGAUGAAAAGUUCCCUCCUUCCGCUUGGGCCACUAUCAAAUCCCUCCCAGCGUUCGAGGGCAAAAAGACGAUAGACGAUGUCUUUCCCGAGAAGAUCCAGAAGAAGAUGAAGGGUUAUUGCAAGCCCUUGGGCACCGGUGUGAACCCCUCACCCCAGCCAGCACCCAAGGAUAGGUACAGUGAAGUGAUGGAGGAAGCGAUGAAGAGGAUUGUGAGCGGGACAGUGUGGGUUGUCUCUGAUCAGGUAUGGGCUGAUGGGACGCCCUGGUGGCACAUUCCUCGGUGGCGGGGUCUUAGCUCGGGAAGCAAGGCAGUUACAAAGGCGCAACUUAUGAACCGGAAAGGAGAGGUUGUGCGGGAAUUGAAGUUGUAA